GAAGGUGUGAUGUCAUCAGGUGUGCAUGUGACGCAGGUGUGGGUGGAGCUCCUCUCGGCUGGGCAGGUGGAGGUGAGGGCGGGGCUGUCAUACGGCAGCUUCCUGCUGCUCCACAGGACUGAUGAAGACUUGGCUCGGAUGAUGAAGAGGCUGGUGAACAGUUUCCACGACGACAGAGAGACGCUGUCCUCCAGCCUGCUCACAGUAACACCCCCCCCCCAGUCCAUUAUCCAUGAGGACCAGAAAGUAGACCAGUCCAUUAUCCAUGAAGACCAGAAGAUAGACCAGUCCAGUAUCCAUGAGGACCAGAAGGUAGACCAGUCCAUUAUCUUUGAAGACCAGAAGAUAGACCAGUCCAACAGGCAUGCUGUCCAGGAUGAUGACCAGUCCAUUAUCCAUGAGGACCAGGAUGACGACCAGUCCAUUAUCCAUGAGGACCAGGAUGAAGACCUGUCCUCUGGGCAUGAGGACCAGGAUCUGAGGGAUUUCCAGAGUACCGGGUCUCUGUCAGAGAUCUCAAGGUCAAACGGUUUCUGUCUGGCUAACACUGAGACCAUCCUGUUUGACCCGACUCCGCCCACAAACUGUGUCAACCAAUCAGAAGACUCAACAGUAAGACGGUAA